UCAGUUUUAUUCCAAAUCUGAUUUAGGUCUUUUGUUAUCCAACUCACCCUUCACGUCUUCAACAACUAAACGAACUCUCUAUUCUUAGAAAAAAAAAACUGAACUGACUCUCAAACUGUCCCGAUCAUGGCCAACUUUUAACCUGCGGCAACCUGAAGAAGAUAACAUUCAAGACUUUGGUUUCAGAGUCGUCGAUCUCGAUGCUCUCCUUGACAUGUCACUUUACGAACUCGUCAAUCUCUUCCCUACUCGUGCUCGCAAAAGUUGAUAAUAACCAGAGGGGUAUGAAGCACAAGCCCAUGGCUUUGAUCAAGUUGUUGUGCAAUACGGAAAUGAACCAUAAUGAAGACAAUUAUGCUGCAUUACCAACUUCUCGGUUGCCUACGGUGCGUCUGUUCUGGUGCUUCUCAGGACAGAUACAUUAUGAUGUUGUGAAGACUACACCGUCUAAGGAAGAAAAUAUAAAACUGAAGGAUGAAAUAGGAGAUAAGAAUAGAGGUCCUUGA